GCACAUAACAGAUUUGAUAUCCAUCAGUGCUUCUGCAAACCUGGAUGAGUCACUGGUCUCUGAAAGAAACACAGGGCAGGAGGGGAAGGAGGGGAGGAGGGUGCUGCUCUCUCCUGGGAGAGCUGGCUGUCUUGCGUGUCAUUUGUGAGGACUAGGCACGAUUGGAGAGUGAGGCAGGAAAGAGAGGGAGAUUAGGAGUGUCUGGGUGGGUGGGAUUGAAGAUGAUGGGGAAGAAGAGGAGAUAGAGAGAUAGAUAGAGAGGGAGAUGGGGUUUGUUUGUUGUUUUGUAUUUAGCUCAUCAUCACUCUUGAAGUAAAUUUUGUAAGGAUGGAUGGAGGAACAAAGUCCACAGAGACCUGAAUUCAUUACUCGAUUCAUAUCUAUAGAUUUUCUCUCUCUCUCUUUCACUCUUUCUCUCUUUUUGUGUUGAGUAAAUCUGGAUCCAGAGAGUGACAUGUUGCUCUGGAUGGGAAGUGAGACAGUGGGGCGAGAGUAAGAGGAGGAUGGCGUACACACAGUUGGAACCCAUCAAUGAGGGUCUUCUGUCCAGACUGUCUGACUUCCUGUUGUGUCGCUGGUCGUGCCGCUCCUGCUGGCAGUGGUGCUGGGAGUGCAGCUGCUGUCAGCCCACUGAUGAGGAGGUGGAGAUUCUGGGGCCUUUUCCAGCUCAGACUCCAUCAUGGCUCGUCAAUGAAUGCAAUGACGAGAGAGGCACAAAUUCUCACAUCAUGGCCGAAAACCAUGCUUCACCUGCUCAAACUGACACCACUGUAAACUGCAAGCCACCAAACUCAGAAACUUCCAGAUCCAGCUUCACCCUAGCAGGCCAGCUCACCAGUCUGAAUGCACGACGGCCAAGCUCCCCCAUGGUGGAUGUAAAGCCGAUUGAAUUUUGGGCCAUGGGACCCCGGAAGGAAGUGGUGCAGCCUCUGCGUAAGCCCCCGACACCACCAGAUGACUACUUCCACAAACUAGAGCCUCGUCUGUAUUCUCUGGACUCAUGCAGCGAUGAUGUUGACUCUCUAACGGAUGAAGAGAUCCUGGUGCGGUACCAACUGGGCAUGCUGCACUUCAGCACACAGUAUGAUCUCAUCAACGCCCACCUCAUCGUGCGAGUCAUUGAGGCCCGGGAUCUGCCCCCUCCCGUAACAUGCGAUGGUGCUCGCCAAGACAUGGCCCACUCGAACCCCUACGUGAAGAUGAGCCUACUGCCUGACCACAAGAACUCCAGGCAGACGGGUGUUAAACGCAAGACCCAGAACCCAGUUUUUGAAGAGCGCUUCACUUUUGAGGUCCCCUUCCUGGAGGCCCAGAGACGCACCCUACUCCUCUCUCUGGUCGACUUUGACAAGUUUUCCCGGCACUGUGUCAUCGGGAAAGUGUCUCUUCCUCUUAAUGAAGUUGAUCUAGUGAAGGGAGGACAUUGGUGGAAGGCCCUGGUGCCCAGCUCUCAGAAUGAGGUUGAGCUUGGUGAGCUUCUUCUGUCCUUAAACUACCUGCCCAGUGCUGGCAGGUUAAAUGUGGACAUCAUCCGAGCAAAGCAGCUGCUUCAGACAGACAUGUGCCAAGGUUCAGAUCCUUUUGUUAAGGUGCAGUUGGUGACAGGUCUUAAGUUGAUAAAGACUAAAAAAACAUCCUGUAUGAGGGGCACCAUUGACCCCUGCUACAACGAGUCAUUUAGCUUCCGUGUACCUCAAGAGGAACUGUGUGAAGUCAGUCUUGUGUUCACAGUUUACGGCCAUAACAUGAAGAGUAGCAACGAUUUUGUUGGUCGCAUUGUGAUUGGCCAGUUCUCCAGCGGCCCGCAGGAAACCAUGCACUGGCGCAGGCUCCUGAGCUCCCAGCGCACUCCAGUGGAACAGUGGCACAGCCUGCGCUCCCGUGCCGAGUGUGACCGUGUCUCUCCGGCUUCACUCGAGGUCACAUAAUACUAACACAGGACAGCCACUGAAGGUGGGAUAGAGAUCUAUGGAAAAGAACUAAACUGCAAGAACUAAAAAUUCAAACACAAAAAUCUGGGAGUGUCCCGACAUUUCUGUGUGUAAUUUUUAAUGGUUUGAAACAUAAACUAAUAGAUCUAUUCUCCACUGAAUACUGGGCUCUGUCUUGAUUUUAUUUGUGUUCACUCUCCCUUACCAUUAUUAUAAUGGAGAGAUGUAGACCGUAGAAAAGACCAUUUAUGAUGACGAGCAGAAACCUGCUGUCCAUGUUUUCUUUUUAUCACAUUGAUACUAUCUUACAUGGGAGCACAAUAAUCUCAUCAUCAUCUGAUUCUCAGCUGCGUUCAGGCUGCGUUCAGACAGUUGAGACCACACCUAACCACUAGUUUGGUCUGCAGUGUUUUAAUAAUAAUAUUGUUUCUUUUUUCAGACUUCAAUAUGAUUGCAGUUCUUGAAGUAUAGGUGGAAAUCUGUGGCAACACAGUUGGUCAUUUUUAUUGCGCAAUUUGAAUGUUUAAAGUACGAUUUUACACCAAAGCUUGGUUUAGUUGUGUUUUGUGACAUGUAUCACUGUUCUCCAUGCACACAUUGAUCUUUAAUUGUGUUUAAGUGUUUGUGAGUGUGUGUUUGUUUGGUAAAUGUUUGCACUUAUGGCAGCUGAGGUCUUCAGAAACCCUAAGAGGCCAUGCAUUAUUUUGUUUUUAUAUUUUCAUGUUGUUGACUUGUUCUGAAUAUACCAAAGUUUUUUUUCUUGUGAUCUGGACUUUCACUUUUCUAUAUGUUUCUCACUAUUUCUCGUGUCAUCUUUCAAACAUCACAAAAGUUUGGGGUCAGGAAGGAUUUUUACUUUUUUUUUAAUAGAAAUAAAUAUAUUUAUUAGGCAAGGAUGCAUCCGGUUAAUCAAAAGACAUUUAUUUAUAUUUAAUGUAUCAUGGUUUAUACAAAAAUAAAAUAAGAAGCCUAUUAGAAUGAUUUCUGAAGGAUCACGUGCCACUAAAAUCUAGAGCAAGGAUCGGCAACCUUUUCGGCAUGACGUGCCAUUUUUAAUUUUUAUGGUUAACCACAGUGCCAACAUCGCCCAACCCCCAAUAAAUGCAACAAUGUAGUUAUUUUGAGAUAACAAGAAAAUUAAGUCAAAAGACUCCCGGAAAAAAAAGAAAAUGUAUGCCUUGUAAAUGCUUAAAUGUUAGUGUCUGCACAACAGUGAACAUUCUUUCACAGCUUGGGCAAUAUAAAGCCAUGCCAAGAAGCAAGAAGUUGCAGAUACAUGCAUUUCUCUUUGCUCUGUUACUUUCAUUCCACGCUUUUGCCAAGUUCAGUUCAAGUACUGUAUUAUCAACAACGUGGAGCUGUAUUGUGUCUCAACUCUUUCUCAUUCAGUCUACGAAGUAUGUAAGAUUAAAUAGGAUACUUUUGGGGAAAAAAUAUGUACUUAGCAUAGAGUCGAAGUGCAGUCAGAAACAUUACUGUAUCCGUCUUCUAAAUCUUUCUUCUGUGUGACCUGUGCGAGAUACGUGUUUGUUUCAGGUCAAUUGUAUGUUUCCACCAAUGUCAAUAUUGAUGUAGAUCAUUACAAAUGAUUAGAGUGGUAAUAUUGACACAUAAUAAUAAUGACGCUGUGCCAGUGAAGAUAUGUAUUUAUUUAGAUAUAAAAUGCAUAUAAUAGCUAUAUAAUUAUCUCUAAAACAUAUCUGUGUAUAUUAUAACUUAAAUAGUGUAGAGAGAAUUGAACAAAGCAUGUUGAAAUAUAGAUGAAAAAAAGAAAUUGAUAGAAAUAGAAUAUAGAUAAAUCAUGAAAUAAUUAUUUUUUUAAAAAAGCUGUUAAAAUGUCACAAAGAAUAUGGUUUCAGUGGGGACUGUUUUUAACUGUCUGCAUUAUAUUCUAAACAGAAAUGUUUAGUCCACCAUCUCCCUGUCUGCUUUGAAACUUCUUUGAAACUGAUGCUGUCCAUGUAAUGGUGUAUUAAGUGUGAGCAGAAAUGAAGCAGACCUCUGAUCAGCAGAAUCCCUUUAAAGGUCUCUUUCACAGAGAUUGUAAUGUGUGAAUCAAUCAGAGAGAUGUAUUAAGUGAGGAAAGGCUAGUUUGGUUGUUUCAUAAUGCAUUAAAGUGAUGUUUAUUAC